GCGAAAUGGAUGGAAUAAACCAAAUAUAAGGAAGUAUUCAUCUUCAUUAUGAAACGCUGAAGCUUGCAUUUAAGACGUAAAUUGAUCUAAGGAAUGAAAAACAGAAGUUCACCAGAGGUUAAUAGAUGAUGAAUUGAACAAAUGAGGACGUAGUUGUCUGUGUUUGAAAUUAAUUUAAUUAGAAGUGUGCCGUUAAUACUUUAGGAAUAUUUUUACGAGGGUCUGUCAAUGUAAUGACAACAAAGGAAUUUUUUGAUAUCUUAAUUUCGAUUCCUUUUGACAGAAUAUUAAAAGCAACUAUACGUGGUUAAGAUUAAUUCUUUUUUAACGUACCCAUGUAUCUUCAAAGCGGUAACGUUUGGCAUUCUUUGAAUUUGAUAGAUGCAAGACGGCUUUUGGAGCUACAGCAAUAUCAAAUGUGGGUGGAAAAACAACAACGGAUGUCUAUUUGCGACCCAUUUGAACCUAUCCGAAGACUUGCAAUGGUCGAGCAUGGGUCUAAAAAUCCCGGAAAACCGCUCACUUCGUUUAGAAUAAAUGACAUUUUAGCGGAUACAAGCGACUCGGAAGGUUCUGAGAUAUCAGGAAGAAUUGAUAGUAAUGUUCAACGUAAACAUAGUAUUGUUUCAAGUCCAGAUUUAAGAACUAUUAACAAAACAGACAAGGAAACAUAUAAUGCACAAAAAUUGAAAAGAAAUGAUCCCGUACCUCAGAAGUAUGAACAGAUUGAGCAGAACAUAAUACGGCCAUGGAAUUAUUCUCCAAAAUCAAGCACAAGCUCAGAGACAGAUAAAGACCAAAAUAAAACCAGUUUUCGGAAUGAAAACAGAAAUUAUUUGCUAAAACUGUGUAAUAAAUCGAGAAGAUGUGAGUUUGAUUCUGAGGACGAAGAGGAGAUAGACGUUGAGGGUUGCGAGGAUGAGGUCAGCGAUGGCUCUAUAAGCAUACAUGAUCAAGACGUUUCACCACUAGAUGCCUUAAUGGCAAUGUCCAGUAAAGCUUUUAUAGGCCUCGACAAUUUUGAUGACCGUAAAAACCGAGAAGAUGAUCAACAUGGAAAAUCUCAAAUCCCGAAAAAGAAAAGGAAAACACGAACAGCUUUUACAAAUCAGCAAAUAUAUGAACUCGAAAAACGUUUCAUUUUACAAAAAUAUUUGACACCAAGUGAUAGGGAUGAGAUUGCUGCAAAACUAGGACUUUCGUGUGCACAAGUGAUAACCUGGUUUCAAAAUAGAAGAGCAAAGUUUAAACGAGACAUUGAAGAAAUGAAGAAUGACGUUGUUACAAAAAGUCCUCCUCCUAGAAUGGAAUCAGAUAAUGAAGGAAAGUGACAUGUCCCUUUCUUAUUUUUAUAGAUGGAAUGGACUAGUGAAAGUUACCGUUAAGGUACUGUUUUUUGUGCCAUACUUUCGGUGUGAAAACAUUUAUGUGCAAUAUUUUAAUCAUCAUUGAGCAUACUACGCUGUCAUUUUAACCAUUAAAACUCACCAAUUGUAGGUUGAAUGAAUAUGUAUCAAGUUGCUAAAUACUUGUUGAAAUGACAAAAAAGAAACAUUUUCAUAUGUAUUUACUUAAUAUAUAAUAAGAACUAUAUUUUAAGUAUAAAUGAAGAUACAAAAGGGUAAGCAAAGAUUUUUUUUGAAAUGCUUUCCUUCAAGCAGCAUAUUGACAGAGAUUUUUUUGUUUUUCAUUUAGCAGAACAAAAUUGUGUAUCCCUGACAAUUAACAGUUGUAUACAGGUUUGAUGUAUCAAAGAAUAUUAGUAUCACGACUUAAAGUAAUAUUUGGCUGCUUUAAUGAAAGAAAAAGUGGAAUGUUUUGAAGCUGGUGUUUGCUUUCCUGUUACAAAUAUACAGAACGUUUAUACAAACACUUGCUUUUUAUGUAGUGCUGUUAUUUAUGACAAACUUGAAAAAUGAAUGUUCAGUAUCUUUAAUUUUAAUAAAUUGAUCCGAUAAAUG